AAAUGAGCAAUUUUAUUUAAGAUUCUAUAGAAAUUUUCUAAGGAUUAAUUUUUACAACUUAUGGAAAGGAAAAUUCUCUUUCGAAGAAAAAUAUGAAAUUCUUAAAGUUAAUUAUGGUAAUUUUUUUCACGAGUUUAUGUCUAAACAUCGUUCCGUUUUUAUUGGAAUGGCAUCUUAAUAUCGGAUUUGAUAACAAAAGUACUUCAUUGAAUAUGAAGACUGGAAUAAUGAGGAUUUUACAAGAGAAAAAUUUAUUUACUAUAUUUGAUAAAUUUAUUUCAAUAUUAAAUCUGUUGAAAAUGAAAUUAUUGAUAUAUAAAAAUGAAAAGAAUUUAAUCAAAAAUUAUAAAUCAAUAUCAAAAUUAAUUAGAAGAAAUGUUAAAUUAUUACCUGUUUAUGAAAAAGAAAACGUGACGAGGAUAUUGUUAUUUGCCUACUUUCGAAGUGGGUCUACAUUUUUAGGAGAUACUCUACAAAGAAGCCGAAGAACCUUCUAUCACUUCGAACCUCUACAUUUGAUCUCGUUCAACUCAAGAAUCGAUCGCAACCAAACGUCAGAUGCUUUCAGACUUUUAAGUCAUCUCUUUCGCUGUAAUUUUAAUCUAACAAAACGUUACAAUCGAUGGGCAUCCUUACGAAAAAACAGAUUCUUAUUUAAAAGAAACAGAUUCCUGUGGUCUACCUGCCGUAAAUACUCACGUUCGUGCUUUAACUCUAGAUACCUUCACAAUAUUUGUAUUCGAUCUCCUGUUCAAAUUAUGAAAGUUUUGAGACUUCAGCUGAAAGACGUUUUAAUUUUUCUUCAAGGAAACCGUGACUUAAAUAUUAAGUUAAUUUAUUUGAGUCGUGAUCCGAGAGCCAUCAUGAGUUCUCGUAAAGAAUUACAUUGGUGUCAACGUGAUAAAUGUAACAACCCCGUUGUUCUAUGUGAAGAAAUGAAAAACGAUGUGGAAGAAUUGCGAGUUGCAAACAUAUCUUAUCUGUGGAUACGAUACGAAGAUUUAUCAUUGAACACAGUCAACGUUUCUAGAAAUCUCUUGAAACGGCUAUCUCUUCCCUUCUCCAGGCUACUAGAAUCAUAUUUGUUGUCUCACGUGAGGUCCAAAUUAAUCGAUGAGAAAAAUCCUUAUUCCACUCGUAGAAACUCGUCGACUGUACCUUAUAAAUGGUUGAAAAGUUUGACCUUUCCAGAAAUUAACAAUAUUCAAACGAAAUGCUUCGAAGCAAUGAAUAUCUUUGGUUAUGUAAUUAUUAAUAAGUCCGCGUAUUUUGAUUACAAAAAACAGAACGUUCAAUUAAAGAAAAAACUCUUAUAUCCGAGUAUAGAAGGAUUGCCGUUUAGAAGUUAAAUUAGCAUUUCAAAAUAUAAACGAAAUUGUUUCGAAAAUUGAACGUUUAUGAGAACGAAUUAGCCUAAUGUUUAAAACUAAACGAUCCGAAAGAGAGAAUGAUUAAGCGCAAUGAAAGACAAAUAUAUAUAGUCCUAUACAUAUAUAGGCCUACUAAUUUGUAGAAACAUUGAAGUUUAUAUGUAAUUUAUGUAUUUAUAAAGUUCAUAAAUAUUCAUAUUUAUAAAGUUCAUAUAAUAAAGU